GCAGUGACGGGUGAUAGCUCGGUAUCGCCACAUCCCCAGCGGUGCACCACUCUCCGUCUCUCUCACUCACAGUUAACUCACUCACUGCACUCCGUCACACGUCCUCUAGUUGCCCCCUCGGCCGGUUUGCUUUGCCAAUCCGUGUCAACCAGACGACGCGCAACAGCCGGCUUGUCAGUAGACUCGAAUUUCUCGUGAACUGUUGAAUUGUUUGGUGAGUUUUCGAUCCGGGGAUUUUUGCACCUGGAGGCGGAACUAUUUGGACUACUUGGAAGGCGGCUUUUGAAGGUUCGCUGCCCGGGAAAUCCGCCGCACACACACACACCACCGAGCUCUCACCCACCCCUUAUCAGCGAGUGAAGCAACAGCCAUCAUCUCAAGCAUCAUCUGCAGCAGUCAGCUGAUCUGCUCGAGCGAACUGCAUUUCAACCUCCGCUAGGUACGAUAUGGCAGCAUGACGCCGGCGAGAUAGAGCGGCUUUGAGCAGCUACAGGGUUCUCGAACGCAGGCGCCAUGGACGCAGGCCGCAGGGCCCGCAGCAGCAGCGGGGGCAGUGCCAGCAUCGCUGCCUCAGCAGCCACCACAGGCACCGCCGGCAGACUGCGGAGACAGAGGAGCCGCGAGUGGCGUGAUCGCCAGUACAGCACCUCCGAGGAGGAAGGCACGCCUCCCAUCAUCAACACCAGCACCAACGUGCCCAGGAACAAGACCCAGAGGACCAGCCCCACGCCCGCCGUCUACAGCACGGCCACCAACGCCGUUUACACAGCAACUCCACAAACAAACGGCAUCUACCGCACUGGCUCUCAACUGAGCACAAAUUCUGACACAGAGGUGACCGACAACCCGACGUCCCCUUUUCCCACGCCACCGGCAUCCUCGUCACCAGUAAAUGCCGUGAUGUACUCUUCCGCGGCCAUGCAGGCGAACGCUCCACGCCAGAGCUCGCCGUACCCUUUGGAGAACACGAUGGCGGGCGCAAGCCCCCGCGGGGGCAGCCUCUCGAGCAGCGCCGGCAUCUACGCCGAGCCGACGCCACCGCCAAGUCAGCAGCAGCGCUUCCUCAACAGGCACUACAACAAGCAGCCAAAAAAUGGCAACUCGAAGCAAGCUUCGAACACGACUCUCCAGGGGUCCAAGGGCAGGAUCUCUGGCACACGCAGCAGGACCGGCGGCACCUCCACUUCGUCCUCGGACAACAUGUCCGACGCCACCUACCCGGAGGAUUUGGUCAAGGAAAACAGGCUGCAUCUCGAGAGCGACCCGCCCGACUCGCCGCCUGAGCCAGCCCCUCCAGAGGUUCCGCCACGAGGCCCCUCGCUGGGCAACGGAGGGCCCACUUUGCGCCAGCUAAGAGCGUACGCGGCCUCGCCCGAGUCCCCAGGCAACACUGGCGAAAACGAGUCAGAGCUUUCGGCCGGCUAUCACACUGCCACCCCGUCGGCCACUAACUGCAUUUUCUUGCAAGGUGAAUACCACGGCUUGGAGCUGCUGAAUGGCGGUGUCGGCAAAAGCGGCAGCACCCAGAGCAACGCACAGGCUGCCGUCUAUGAAUACCUGAUGUCGGGUAGUCCGCGGACCUACCCUGCAAAGUCCCCCAAGUCCCCGAUGGGACCUGGCGGGAUGAUGGCCGGCAAAGACUUCAUGCAACCGGAAGGACUGAGCAGUAGCAAAACCAACACGCUCAGCAGCCAACACCGGCUAGCUCAGCAACAGCAGCAGAUGGGCUCGGCGGGCCCACCGACGGCGCCGUGCGUGAUGCCCGUGUUUCCGACGAGCAGGGGCAGCAACGGCGGCAACGGCAUCAGCGGCGCCCCUGCCCACUUGGUCACUCACGGGCCGACGGCGGCCUCGGCGUCGUACUCUCCAUAUUCGCCUUCCCGAUUUCAUAUUGAUAAACGAUGUCAGCACCGGUGCUCGUGGAAAUGUGCCAGCAUCGCGCUCAUCCCCUUAGUGUUAGCUCUCACCGCUAUGUUGGCUUAUUUUGCAGCUGUAAACUCCAUGAGGAGCGGCAUAGAAAGCACAGGUUGUAUACUGGUCGAGGAUGCCAAAGCAGCGUCUUUGGACGAAGAUCCGUCCCGCGAAGUCACAUCAUCACAAGUACCGACAGAAGAAUCAAUGCCGACGAGUACAGCAUCCGCACGAGGCUUGGGGACGGGCAGUGCGGUGACAGGUGGAGGCGGCGGGGGCGGAAUCACCAGCGGGGUGGCCCCGGCCCCCAGCGAACAACUGCCCAUCCUGGAAAUGCGCGAACUUGGCAAACCGCACUCCUCGCUAAUCCCUCCGCUCAGCUUUUGGAACUCGGAAUUCAGGAACAAGCAGCCGGCGUUCAUCCGGUUCAACUUCUCCAUGCCGUGGGGCGCUAAUUUCGCAGUCUACGGCCGCAGGAAUGUGGCUCCGAGCGUCACGCAGUAUGACUUUGUCGAGUUCAUCAAGGGCGGACGGGUGGACAGGCUGAAAAGGAGCGCCGACGAAACGGACAAUGCCGCUGUCACUUUCACCACGCUCAAGUGGCACCUCGCAGCAGUUGGAAAUGGUGUCAAAGUUGAGGCCCCUCCAUUAGUCGUCCACCAUGAUCAACUGAUCCCUGCCAGCAAGGAACCCACGCCCUCGACCACGGCAACCCCGAUCAGGGAAAAACGCUCACCCUCCGUUAAUGGCAUGCAGGGGAUGAUGGUGAACGUGACCCUUCUGCAGUACCUAGACACCGGCCGUUGGUUCAUGAGCAUCUACAACGACGACUCGCGGCCGCAGCAGGUGACCAUGGUGGUUGGCGAGGCGGACGGCGUGUCCACAACCUGUCCGAACGACUGCAGCGGACACGGCAGCUGCUAUUUGGGCAAGUGCGACUGCAUCGACGGCUACGAAGGACCCGACUGCUCGAAAAGUGUGUGUCCCGUGCUGUGCUCGAACCACGGACGCUAUGGCGGCGGAAUGUGCCACUGCGAGGAGGGCUGGAAAGGAGCUGAAUGCGACGUCCCGGAACAUGACUGCGAAACGCCGGAUUGUUCUGGUCACGGACAAUGCAUCGGUGGUGUCUGCGUCUGUCACACCGGCUGGAAGGGCGUUUCCUGCGAGCAAGUCGAGUGCCCGGACCCUACGUGCUCGAACCAUGGCUCCUGUGUCGCCGGACGCUGUUACUGCAAAGCAGGUUGGCAAGGUGUCAAUUGCUCGGCUCUGGACCAACAAGUCUACCAGUGUCUACCUGGCUGCAAUGACCACGGCUCCUAUGACCUCGAGAGCGGCGCUUGCAUCUGCGAUAACUUUUGGACAGGCAUCGAUUGCUCUGAACCUCUAUGUAGUCUUGACUGUGGACCUCACGGUCGCUGCGACAAAGGCAAGUGCGAGUGCGAGGAGGGCUGGACAGGGGACAGAUGCGACCUUCUUCCCUGUGACCUGAGAUGUGGUGACCACGGACAGUGCAAGAAUGGAACCUGUGUUUGCUCGCAAGGGUGGAACGGACGCCACUGCACACUGCCUGGAUGCAAAAAUGGUUGCAAUCGACAUGGAACCUGCGCCAUGGCCGACGGCUUGUACCGAUGCGAGUGCUCCGACGGCUGGGCGGGGAGCGAUUGCAGCAUCCGCCUAGAGAAGGAAUGCAACGACCAGAUUGACAAUGACGAGGACAACUUGACUGACUGCGCGGAUAGCGAGUGCUGCGCGCUUCCCAGAUGCAAGGAGAACCUUUUCUGUCAGUCAUCCAACGACCCCGUGGAGGUUCUGCUACGGAAGCAGCCGCCUUCGGUGACAGCCUCUUUCUACCAGCGCGUCAAAUUCCUCAUCGAGGAGAACUCGGUUCAGGUGUAUGCUCCCAUGGAAGCGUUCAGCGAGAGUCAGUUCUGGAACUCGUUCAUUCCUCGUCGAGUCGCUGUCAUCCGCGGACAAGUUUUGUCGCCGCAAGGCCUCGGCAUAAUUGGAGUCAGAGUGAACAUUGACUCGAAAACCAAGAACGGCUUCACCUUGACGCGUCCCGGCGGAUGGUUCGACCUGCUUGUUAACGGUGGUGGUGCGGUGACCUUGCACUUCACCCGCAUGCCCUUCCAGCCCGUCACAAUGACUCUUUUUUGUCCGUGGAACCAAAUUAUCGUGGCCCCGGCCGUGACGCUGCAGUACAGCAACUCAACCGACGACGCCAACUACAAGCGGCGGAAGGGCAAGGGCGGCAAGCCAGCGACCAUUCCCGCUCCCUCUGAAACGCCCAUCCCCGUGCAACUGCCCCAAAGGUACUCGCGGCCCUGCAACGAGCACGACCACAAUCUGAUGAGUCCGGUGGUGGUCUCCACCUGGAUGCCGGACAAGGUCGGCGGUGCCCCUGGCCAGAGCGCCGUUUUCAGCGAGACGCAGAUUCUGCAAGAGAGCAUUCCUAUCCCUGGAUCUGAGGUGCACCUGAUGUACCACAGCAGCCAGGCAUCAGGGUACCUUUCCAUCGCCCUGAUGCGCUUGACACACGAGAAAAUCCCUCUUUCCCUGCGAUUGGUCCACCUCAGGGUGAUCAUUGAAGGAUCCGUUUACGAGAAAACGUUUGAAGCCGACCCCAACCUGACGUACACCUUCGCCUGGAACAAACGCAACGUGUACAAGCAGAAGGUGUACGGAGUGGCCAUCGGCAAGGUGUCUGUCGGAUACGAGUACGUGGGAUGCGCGAGCAUCAUUUGGGAAACGAGGACGGUCACCAUGCAAGGAUUUGACGUGGAAAUAUCUGGGGUUGGAGGAUGGAGCCUCGAGAUUCAUCACCAUUACAACUUCAACGAAGGAAUUCUGCAAAAGGGCGAUGGCGCAACGCUGCAUUUCAAACGCUACCCACGCACGGUGCAGGUUCUCCUGGGCAACGGUUUGCAACGCACUCUGGACUGCAAUGACUGCAACGGUUUGUCAAAGGACGCCCGGCUGCUGACCCCGGUGGCUCUGGCCUCUGGGGAGGAUGGCAGUAUUUAUGUCGGGGACUUCAAUCUGGUGCGCAGGGUCACUCCUGAGGGACGCGUCUACACGGUGCUCAAACUCAGCGCAACGCAGGUGUCAUACCAGUACUACCUGAGCAUAUCACCCGCCGACGGCCAUUUAUACGUCUCGAACCCUGAGAAGCACCAGAUUUUGAGGGUCAUUUCGCUCGACGAAGUGAGCGAUCCAGGUGUCAACUUUGAAUCUGCGGUUGGGUCUGGUGAACGUUGCAUCCCUGGAGAUGAAAGUAAUUGUGGUGACGAAGGACCCGCUAAGGAGGCAAAACUUGCACAUCCUAAAGGACUUGCAAUUUCCGCCGACAAGACCAUGUACAUUGCGGACGGCACGAACAUUCGUAUUGUCGACACCAAGGGCAUAAUCCACACUCUGGUCGGCCACCAUGGCCACCACAACCACUGGAAACCCAUCCCCUGCCACGGCUCUAUUCCUGCCCAGCAGGCUCAACUGCAGUGGCCAACUGGCUUGGCUCUCAGCCCGCUCGACGGCAGCCUCUAUUUUAUCGAUGACCACCUCGUGCUCCGACUCACUGACGACCUCAAAGUGAAGGUUGUUGCUGGAACUCCGCUACACUGUCCCGCGUCUCAAGAGCAGGAGGCGGAGGACGCUGACGAGGAGGCAACGUCCACCCCUCUGGGCUCCAUCCUGAGUCUGGCCUUCUCGCCAGAGGGUGACCUCUACAUCGCCGAAACCGACUCUCGGCGCGUCAACGCAAUCCGGUUGAUCGACCCCUCGGGCCGCAUCAUGGACUUCGCUGGCAGGCAAGCGGCGCCCCGCUGCGAGUGCCCGAUCAAGCACGCCUUCUACAACGUGACCUGCGAGUGCACGCCGACGCCCAAGCUGCCGCCCGGCGCCCCCAGGGACACCGUUUUGUCGUCCAACGCGCAGUUUGAAUCAAUUUCGGCCAUGACCGUGUCACCCGACGGCGUGUUGCACGUUGCCGACCGCGGCAGUCUGCACAUUUUGUCGCUGCAGCACUACCUGCCCACCGCCGACACGAACGGGGACUUCCACAUUCCCUACCCGGCCUCCAACGAAAUUUACAGCUUCAAUAGAUACGGCCAGCAUGUGUUGACAAAGGAUUUGACCUCGGGCAAAAUCAAGUACAAGUUCGGCUACAGCAAGAACACCAGUUUUGGCAAACUCUCAAAGGUCACCGACGGCGCUGAAAACAAACUCCAAUUCCUGCGGGACUACUCCAAUGUUGUGGGAACGAUCGAGAGCACGCAAGACCACAAGAGUGACCUCAUGAUCACCGGAGUCGGCUUCCUGACCAAGUUGACGCAGGAAGAAGGGCGGUCGGAAAUCGACCUUGAAUACGAUAGCACCAACGGCUUGCUCACGAGCAAAACCGACACCAAAGGCAACGCUUUCAUCUACAGAUACGACAGCAACGGUCGUUUGAGCCACGUGAUUCUCCCAACCGGCGAAACCAUGAAUUUCAAGUUCCAACUGCAAUCUGACCAAGGCGUUAUUGUGAAAGUGGCGCAGAACAAUCGGCAGCCUGCGGAGCUGAGGAUGCGGGGACCUGCUAAAGCCUUGGAAAUCAGCCAUGCUGGCACUGUGAGCGAGUCAAAAGCUUUGACCAAUGGCUCUUUCUGGAGCCGCGCUGGCUGGGGCGCUGAACUGCACAGCGAGACGGGCGCCCAGCACCCCUUACUCAAGCUGACGAUGCCGGUCGAGGCUGAGAUGUUGCCCUUGGCAGCCAGCCAGAGUCUGAUCAUCGGAGAUGGCAUUGCUAAUACUGUCGAGUGCAAAUAUCGCCUUUCUGGAGACGUUAAAGCCGAACGACAGAAGCUAGACCGCGAACUUUGGGUGAACGCAAGCAAAGUACUGACUGUUGAGUACGACCACCACAACAGCAAGGAGACCUAUUACGACCGAGACCACCAAACUUUGUUGUCCGUCCACUUCGACUUAGCUGGACAACCGGUUUCAUGGGACCCUUCGGAGCAUGGUCAAGCGUUCAACAUCAGUUACGACCGCUUCAACCGCCUUGAUGGCUGGACGUGGGGAGAUCUCUCGGAAAAAUACCAAUAUGACAGGCACGGGCUUCUUUCUGAAGUAAUCAACAGCAAGAAAGAGUCGACCACAUACACCUACAACGAGCUCAAAAUGGUGUCGAGAGUGACAUUACCCAGCGGCCGCAGGUUCACUUUCCAGUACGACCAGCAGGGUGGACUCAAGCAAAUCACUUUGCCCAGCGAGACCAAGCACAUUUUCUCGGCCCAACAGUCAUUUGGAUUCAUGCGGCUAAGUUACACCCCACCUGGCAGCCAACGCGCCUAUUUGCAGCAUUUCAGCCAUUCUGGAAAAUUGAUUCAGUCAGUCUUGCCUGGCGAGGGCGCAAGAGUAUUGUACAGAUACGACGAAGCGGAAAGAGUCACAGAGGUUGUUCACGGAGACGGCAAAACUCAAGUUUCCUACUCUAGCUCAGGGUUCCCAAGCGAAAUUGUGCACAAUGAGAGGAACGAUUACGAGUAUCGAAGAGAUUCUCAGUACAUUAAGGGACUUCUCACUGAAGAGCGGUACGAUUUUGGCGCCAAGACUGGUCUGAGCAACGCUAAAUUCACUUACGAAUAUGACGCAAACAUGCGGCUAACGGGCGUGACGGGUCGAAUCGGCGGGCAAACCCUGCCGGAUCUCAUUCAAUCUUACAGCAGUAGGACCGGACUGCCCGAAACAAUUGGCCAGUUCACCCUCAGCCAGCCAAAAAUGAACAAGACUGAACUAACUGACGGGACUGCUACAUUUACACGACACUUGGAUAGGCACUUUAGGGAAUCCAAGGUUGCACUCACCAUUCACGGAAUGGAAGUGAUCCGCACUGAAUUCAGCUACACCCAGAGCCGCAAAAUCGCCCAGUCUAAGACUUACACGCGCCAGGGCGUCGGUGUAAACACCUACACGAACGUGAAGAACUUCAGCUACGACCCGGAUGGCCAGCUCAGAGGUGUCGAGGGCCAGGAGCCGUGGAGCUUCAAGUACGACGACAACGGCAACCUCUUAUCCCUCACCUACCGAGGCAACAACAUCCCGAUGGAGUACAACAUUUUGGACCGAAUCGUCAAGUUUGGAGAGGGAACCUACAAGUACGACAGCCGCGGUUUGGUGGUGCAGAACGCCAGGGACGAGCACUUCCAGUACAAUGCCAAGGGUCUGCUCACCAGGGCCAGCAAGAAGGGCAGGUUCGACAUCAGGUACUUCUAUGACCACAUGGACCGGCUCUCCGCCAGAAAGGACAACUAUGGAAAUGUAACCCAGUUCUUCUACACGAACCAAGACAGGCCUCACGAGGUGAGCCAGAUCUACAGUCCCAGAGACGGGAAACUGAUGUCGCUGGUGUACGACGACCUCGGCCACCUGAUCUACGCCCAGGUGUACAGAAGCCGGUACUACGUGGCCACUGACCUUUGCGGCACCCCCAUCAUGAUGUUCAACCAGUACGGCGAGGGCAUCAGGGAAAUCAUGCGGUCGCCGUACGGCCACAUCGUUUACGACUCCAAUCCCUACCUGUACAUGCCCAUCGACUUCUACGGAGGCAUUUUAGACAAGGUCACCUCUCUGGUGCACAUGCCUGGUGCCCGAGGAGGAGUGUACGAUCCGCUGAUCGGACAGUGGAUGACCCCGAGGUGGGAGGGCAUCCUGGACAGGAUCAACACGCCUGGCCAACUGCACUUGUACCGAUUCAACGGAAACGACCCCAUCAACGCGGGACAAGACCGCAAUAUGCCUGAGAAUGCACGGUCUCUCAUGACAGAACACAACCGAUGGCUCAAGCUGAUGGGGCACGACCUGCGAAGCCUGGCGCCACAGCUCUUCCCUGCUGAGGUCGGAGGAUUCCCAGCAGCCAGCAGCGACCUCUUCUCCAACUGGCCCGCACCACCCGUGCAGCCUCCCACCCUGUCAGGGUCCAUCCAGGUCGGGGCGACUCCUUUGAGCGCCAAAAUUGGGCUCGUCACGCACCUGCAAGAGCGCAGAUACAGAUCAGAAAUGCUCUCCUCGCUGAUGCACUCGGCCAUCCAAAAGGAUUCGUGGCCACCACUGCCCGUCAGGGUGACCAUGGCAGACCCUCCAUUCGGAAAGGGUAUCCUGGUGUCGCGAGUGGGCAAUCAGGCUGUUGUCAGCAGUGUUCAAGCCGCUAACUCGAUUUAUAGGGAUGUGUUCACUUCUGUAUUCAACCAGUCUUUGAUGCUUGACUUCACACUGAUGGUGCACUCGCAAGACGCGUUUUACUUCGUCAAGGAAGACAUGUGGCGAGCAUCAGAGGACCACAGUCAGAUCAAGAGGUUGGGCAACCAGGUUAACCUGACCUUCCACGAAAAAGACUCGUCCACCGAAGGGCUCUCAGGAGGAAAAGUUAUUGAUUUGAAAAUCCACAGUCCCAGCGCUGUCGUCAAUUUGAGGUACGGCACUUCAGCCACCAGGGAAAAGCAGCGUCUGCUGCACCACGCCAGAAGUUUAGCCAUCCGCAAGGCAUGGCACAGGGAAAAGGAGCUGCUGAAGAACGGUCUGUCCGGCAGCUUCGACUGGACGCCAGCCGAAGUGGAAGAAAUCACGCAGACCGGGAGCGCCACUGCGUACGAGGGCGAGUACUCGCAUGACGUGCAGAAAUACCCUGAGCUGGCUGAGGAUCCAUUUAACGUCCGCUUCGUGAAGAAGGCUGAGCGAACGACCAAGGGCCGCAAAAAGCGGUCGGAAUCGAGCUUGGACAACGGCAUCUGGACGACGACCAGCAAAAUGUGCUCGCCCCGCUGGUGGUUGCCCUGGAGGCUGGACACUGCGUGUUAAUACGGUCGUCUCACCUCCAAUGAGUUUUGAAUUCGACAAUACAGGUACAUUCUCUGGUGGACACUCGGAUAGAAAAAAAAGUUUAAACUGCGCGCGUUGCUAAAAAAAAAUACGCAUUUUCGUGGAAAUCCGCCAAAAUCGACUCGAGCGAAGAAGACAGAAAAAGUGGGAUUUUCAGCGCUAUCUCCUAACAAAAUAAUUGUUGCAUUAUUCUUGUUAGAUUUUCAAAGAUGCCAAAAAUAUAAAAAAUAAAAACUACGACGAGAUAAUUUGAAGGUUAGGGUCUAGGAAAGGAGUUGGACAAAAUAAUGUGAUGUUGAGUCGCGCGUAAUGCAUUGAUUAUGAUAUCAAGGUUGAGGGAGGAGAAAAAAGAAGUGCUUAAUUUUGUUCGAAAAAAAGAUUCAAGCACAUCAGUGUGUCCUGAUAUUAUAUAAUGACUGAUAAAAUUAAUAUUCCAAGCAUUUUUCAGGAUCUAAGGCAAAAAUUUGAUCUUUAAAUGAUAUGAUUUCAGCACAAAUUGUUUAUCUGAAAAUCACAGAUUUAAUUUUUGACUACAUAGUGAAUUCUUUCUAAUAACUUAUUAAUUAAGUAAUGGGUGCUAUUAUCUCAUAAAAUUUUAACUUUUCAUUGAAAAGGAAAGAAUACACUCGACCCAUUCCAAAUUAGCAUCUUCCUAACUGAAAUUUACCCCCGAGUCUCAGUCAAUACAUUUUCUAAUUUCUUGUGCGGAAAGUAGUAGUGCGGAUUGAUUAAUGUAGUAAAUACAAUUUUGUGUUAAUUAUAAUGAUUGCUGUAAAAUCAGUGUGCUUGAAUGUACCACGAUUAAAUGGAGUCAUUGUAAGCCAUCAUUUGCAACAGAAGAUUAUAAACUGGUCGUUCCAUCAACAUGCAUGUAUACCUCUCACUCCAUUCAACACAGAAAGAACCUCUUCGUAAGCAGAUUAGAUACAUAUUAACGCAUUUAUUCCACAUUUUUCAUUACAAAAGCGCUUCAAUUUAAAAGAAACGAUAUAACUCUCACAUACUCUCAGCACAGCAUCUCUGUAAAUUAUUUUUUUGCGACUCCAAACUUUUCCAUACCGAGAAAAGCAUGAGACGAGAUAUUUUUUGUUACUCUCUACUUUUCUUCCGAUUGAAUAUAAACAAGAAAUCUUAUUUAUUGAUGAAUAAUCCGGGAAACGUUUGAAAUUGAGAUACUUUCAAUUUGCCUUAAUAAGCAUACACAUCUGAAGCACACGAACUGUUUGAUAUGGAGUUUGUAUUGUGUAAAAAACGAUUCUACGCUGCUGGGGCUGAUGUACCGUCGUCAGCUACCGAAAAGGCGAUGAACCCUUUGUCAAUCUGUUGGAUCCUCAGUGGCUAUUCACAAAUAUAAAACUGACCAAAUGUCCAUGGAUAUUCGAUUUGAUUUUCAUACACUUGAUGUCCAAAAUAUUAUAUUAUCUCUUUGUAGCUGGCCUAUUUGUGCUGCAUUGAUCGAUAUUUUCAGUGUGUUAAUCCAAUCAUCUCUUUUCUAAUCGCGACUCUUAAUUUCUCCACACUCAAAAAGAAUCCCCAAACGAGAUUUUUUAAGGUGCAAGAAGAUGUUUGUAUAUUUUCGAGUCUGGAAUAACGACAUGAAAAAAGAAAGAAAAGAAAACUGAUUUUGUGUAAUAAAAAAUGAUUGUGUACAUAUUACAUUAUGGAUAAUACUCAACGGCGAGGAUCGAAACUUGGAAAAUCUAAUGCUCGAUGAUUGUUUUCGGACUUUGUGCUACUCUCACCUCAUCGUCACUGAAUCGGAAAGAAGAAAUGGAAUUUCGAGCAUUUCGUAUGUGAUGUACUGCUGUGUGUUUAAUUUUUUGCCCAUCAAGAGCGGUCUCAAGAUUGAAAACACGUUCAAAUUUGAAACAGACUCGUGCAAAAUGUGUCAAAAAUGGGCGCACAGUGUAAUAUUUGUAAGAUUAACUUUAAAUUAAACGCAUACUUAGAGAUUAUUAAACCAUACAUAUAUAUAUUUUUUGUUUUCAACUGGCUGGCAAUUUUGUCAAACAUGUCUCCAAAUUAAUUAAAAAGUCUCUGCACAAUAAAUUUAUCUAGUCAUGAAAUGUUAAUAAGGUUGGUAAUCGUAAACUGCUACACACUAAAAACGGGCUCUUUAGUUGUCACAAAAAUCUUCCUGUAAAACUCACAAAAAUUCAAACGGAAAUCUAUAUCAUAUUAAGUCACAGUGGGUCAUUAAUUUUGUAAUACGGUCAAAGUACGGGCAUUUUUUUAGUCAGCCAAGUAAAAAAGAGCAGAAUGUCCAACUAUGGUGUUUUAAUAAAUAAAUUGUUUUGUACAAAA